AUGACACAGAUUCGAGACUCGGUCUCGAACUGGGGUCUCGAGAGCAACUGGCUCGCAAAGGUCGACAGCCUGGACCCGAAGCCCUCUCCAUCCGAGCUGUACGACAACUUCGUCUACUCGGUGGAGGCCGAUACCAUGGGCUUCUACACCUCAAGCAUCAGCAGUGUGGAAGCGUCACUCGGACCGCCGACCGAUGACUGCAAGCCCAAUGUCGAUGCCCUCGCCGCACAUAUGCAACGUUAUCUAACACGACAGUCGGCGCUCCACGCCCCGAGCACGAGGGUGCUAUUCAGCGCGCCGGAGAGGAGGGGAGACAAGCCACGCGAUCGGCCUGGAAAGGCCCGCGACCCCCCCUUCGCCAAAAACCGCGGCGCGCCUCCCAACCGUGAGAACCGCCCGAAACCAAGUGCCGGGGGCGCCAAGGGACAACGGCGUGAUGACCGCAAAGGCGGGCGUAAGCCUGGCGGGAAGGAGCCCGCUGAUAAGGCAGCGCUCCGCUGCCACCGGUGUGGCGCUUCAGGGCACACCCGCAGUGAGUGCCCCAAGCCGAAGCAAAGCUGCCCGUUCAUCAUGCCUAACGGGCGCAAGUGCGGCCAAGACCACCACAUUAGCACGUGCUGGUACAAGGACCCAAGCAAGUGCCCCAACCCGCGUAUUCGCGAGAGAAUCCAAGAGAAGCUCAAACGGGCGAGCACCUUGCUCUCCACCGACAAACAGUCGAAGAUACCGAAGCAAUCCCGCACGCAUGCCCUCCAAAAGGACCCCCUCAACACCCCCACCUCGAACCCAUACAUCGCACCAAACUGGACACCACAGCCAGCAGCCUAUACCCCAGGCCUCGGCUGA